AUGGUUCUUAAGGCAGCUGAGGCAAGGACUUGGAAGUUUGAACAGCUACUAGAAUUCAUCGCGAAGGACCCCUGCAUCUUGGCCAGGAAGAAAUUCUUAUAUUGUGAGCCCCAUAAGAGAAUUAAGGAAGUUCUGGAAGAAGAACUUUAUAUUAAGAGAGAUGAAUGUCACAUUAAAAAUCCACCUGCAGUGGCCCUGGAAGGGGUUUGGAGCAUAAAGAGGAAUCUCCCACUGGGAAGCAUGAAGCCAGGACUGGCCAGCAGAAAUAGCUUACUGCCCCAAGUCAAGUACUACUCGAGGCACGGAGGACUGAGAAGUAAGACCUGA